AAUUAUUUGUUACUACAAGUACGCCACCAAAUUCGGAAUUAGAAUUAAAACACAACAAAACUUUGUUCUGUUAAGUGAUAGUUAACUUAUCUAUUUUAGACGCAGUAAUAAAAAAAGAAAAUGCUACCUGGUAUUGGAGUUUUCGGAACAGGCGAAGUGGCAAAAGUUUUCGUGCCACUUUUGCGUGAAAAGGAUUUUAGUAUAAAAGCAAUUUGGGGAAAAACGAUAAGUGAUGCUGAAAAAGCCGCUAAAGACCUUAACAUUCCAUUCUUUACUAAUAAAAUUGACGAUGUUUUAUUGCGGAAAGAUGUUGACUUGGUUUUCAUAAUAUGUUUACCGUAUUUGCAUUCAGAAAUUAGUGUAAAAGCUUUAGGAAUAGGAAAACACGUUGUAUGUGACAAACCUAUGGGAAUAUGUGAAUCUGAUGCAUUGAAAAUGGUAAGAGCAAGUCAGUAUUAUCCAGCGUUAAUAUCGUUAGUUAAUCACUCGUUAAGAUUUUUACCGGCGAUAACGCAUAUGAAGCGCCAUAUAGCAGAUGGUAUGAUUGGUCAAAUAGAGUUGAUAGACAUUCGAGUUCAUAUCGGAUCUUUGCUUCGUAGCAAGUUCGAUUGGAUGUGUGACGCAUCUAUGGGCGGAGGAAUACUAAAUCUAGUCGGAAGUCAUGUAAUAGAUUUGGUAAAAUUUCUUUUGAAUGGUAAAAAAGCUACGCGAGCACAUGGUCUUAUUAGAACUUAUAAAAUAUCGAAUGCCAACGUCAACGGUAUACGACAAAUAUCUGCACCUGAUUACUGUACAUUUCAAUUAGAAGUUGAAGGCAACGUACUGGUAUCGGCGUCUUUAUUUGGUAACACUGUUGCUUCAAAUACAUUCUUUCAAGAAAUAAUGGUUUGCGGUCGCGAUGGACAUUUGGUUGUCCGCGGGGGGGAUUUAUUUGUUAUGAAAAUAAAAGACGAAUCUUUGCAAAGGGAGGAAGCUGUAUAUGUGGACGUUCAGGAUUUACAUUUUUCAACAUUGGACUCUACUUUACCAAAACCAUAUAUCAAAGGUUUAUGCAAAAUGGUUGGCGCACUGAAAGAAUCAUUUUCGCAAAAUGAAAAUGCAUGGGUUAAAGAGCCAGUACAAGCAGCAGCUAAUUUUGAAGACGGUUUAUAUGUCCGAUCAGUAAUAGAUGCAAUAUGCAAAUCCAAUGAAUGCCGAAACUGGUGUAAAGUAGAAAUUUCGCCUGAAUAUACACCAAUUAGCUAAACAAUCAUCAAAAUUUAUUAAAAUUCUUAAAAUUCAGUAUGUAAAUUAAAUAAUAUUUGAAGUGUUAAUCUUAUUUCUUAUAUUAAAAAAUUUACAUAUUGGUCUAUGUAAGUACAGCUUAAGUGAAGAAAAUAAGUUAUCCAUCACUUGUAUUAAUAAUUUUAUUUAUAAACUUUUUAAAAAUUAAAAAUUUUCUUAUGAAUCUCAAAUUUAUUUCCAUUUUGAUACUAUUACAAAGAUUCAAUUUUUACUUCCGUCUAAACAAGUUUCCAUGACAAA